UCGCCUUUGUACAAUGGGGCGUUAAUACCACAUACCACGAAGCCAUAAAGAUGACUCCGUAUGAAGCAGUUUUUGGUCAAAAACCACGAAUGGGACUGGCAACAAAAGUACCUCGAGAAUUAUUGGACAAUAUAAUGACAGGAACGCUAGAAGAGGAUAUGUUGGACAUGCUUUUUGAUCCACCUACUACAAUAUCUACUCAUACCAUUCCGGAAUAUCGGAACGAUGAAGACGCGGAAGUACUCAAUAUUGAAACAAAUGAUUUAGAGGGUACGCAUGAAGAACUACUAGAAAUCAAUACUGCGUGCUCGCUACAUGUUACGCCCGAAAAUGGAGUACAGCAACUUGAUAAUUUGAUAAAGACCACACGAAACAUUUUGGAGAUUGAAAGUGACACCGACGAAAACACUGAAGAGGUAAUUUUCGAUCAUCCAGCUCUAACACGACGCAAAAUGCAGCACAAAAUUUAAAAUCUCA